AUGGCGGCCACUAACAUAUGGGACAUCAUUGUUGAAGUAUAUUCUCGUCCCACGAUAUUGAAACCGAAAGGACCUCGCCCAUUUUUCUCGAACCAUACCAGUAAUUAUUUAACUGAUUUUUACACUGGCAAAUUCCAUCCGGAUAGGGUAGUUGGACAUAAUGAUCUUGUCAUUGCAAUGUAUUAUGCUCCGUGGAGUUUUCAUUCCCGACAGCUGAAACAUCCAUUUGAAGUUGUAGCACUAGUGUUACGAAAUCACAGAAAUAUUCGGUUUGUAGCGGUUAACUGUUGGGCAACUACAGGAGAAUGCCGGAAUAUGUAUAAAAUUUAUCAGUUCCCAUUGAUCGUCGCCUAUUCUUCUACGGUUCACACUGUUUAUCAAGGAGAGCAUUCAGUGGAUCACAUAUACAGG